UUAAUGUUAUUUGCCGAACUGAUGUCGUUGUUUCAUGGUACAGCAAGAGAUGAUUAUACAGAUGGCAAUGCACUGCGACAAAUGCAGAUCAAAGGCCAUGAGGAUUGCUACAGAAGCAGAUGAAUUUCGGGUGUUCGUUUGUGGUAAAUAUAUCGGAAAUGUCAUUUCCGUGGCGAUAAGAGGGCCACACAGGGACCAGCUGGUCGUGAUCGGAGAAGGUGUCGACUCAGCCAAGCUGACUCGAUCGUUUAGGAGGAAAUUUCAUACCAUUGCCAUAGUGCGAGUGAGCAAUGCAGGAAGCACUCGCCGAGGAACCGGCUAUUAUUCAUAUGAUGAUCAUGAGCAUGAGCACCAUGAACGGGUACAGCAGUACUCACCACCGUCCUGUUAUGUUCCGUAUCCGCAAUGUCCGGUCUACGAGGCGGUCCAUCAUGCUCCGAACCCGCCGAGUAUUAGCACCAUCAUGUGAUCAUCAAGAGAGCUUUUUCCAAGUUCAAAUUGCUUCUCAAAAGGGUUGUGUCCUUUGCAAGUAAAUUGCAAAGUUCAUGAGCAUUUUUCUAUAAUUUACCCGUGAGUGUACAUGGUGUUAAUGUCUGUUGUGUUUUUUCUUCCUUGGCUACUUUCUGAAUGAAGAAGGAUUGAAGCAAAUAGUAGAGCUCAUCAAAAACCUCUUUGGAAUGGAGACUGAUGGACAAUUUGUGUAGACGAUGAUGAGAAAUGCCAUAAAACAAUCGACUCCUAGAGUUGACUA